GGCUAACAUCAUGCACGGUCUGCAAAAACUUCUACUGUUCCAUCUUCUUGCAUGCCUCGGGCAUGGAAGUGAUAUUAUACAUGGGGAAAAGGCAGCAAAGAACUCAAUGCUUUAUAUGGCCUCAGUGCAGAACAAACAUGGUCAUAUAUGCGGAGGAUUUCUCAUUGCUGAAGACUUUGUGGUCACUGCUGCACACUGUGACAAUGAGAACCUUACACACGUUGUUCUUGGAAGCCACAAUCUCAACGACCAUCAUGAAAAAAUAGAGAUUAAAAAAUCCAUCAAGUUUGAAAAUUAUAGAAAUGUUCAAUAUGGUGAUGACAUCAUGCUCCUUAAAUUAUCUGGGAAAGUUCAACACAAAGCACAGAUAAUUCAGCUUCCACAUGCUGAAAUAAGACUACAAGAAAAUGAAGUGUGCCAGGUGGCUGGAUGGGGUUUCACUGAAAAUUACACUCUACCUAAUGAGCUGAGAGUGGUGAAUGUUUCUGUCAUUCAACAUAAAAUCUGUAAGAAAAACUGGCCUGAUCUUCCAGACAACGUUAUCUGUGCAGGUGGCUAUGGAACAAAUAAAGGAUUCUGUCAGGGAGAUUCCGGUGGUCCUCUGGUCUGCAACGGGUUCGCAGUUGGUGUUGUUUCUUUCAACAAAAAUUUAAACUGCAAAUACCCAGAUGUACCCAAUGUCUAUACGGACAUCUCAAAAUACCGUCAAUGGAUCGACAACAUUCUCAGAGGUGUAAUUUAAGCAUUCCUGAUUGCUCUGUCGAUGUAACCAAAAGUGAAAAUUAAAAAGAUUCUGCUACUUCGCUCUGUCAAGCUGACCUAAUUGAAUUUAAAGCUCCUUAUCACUUUAUUCUGUCACCAUGGAUUCUUUCAAUUACAGCAAGUGUUGAUGUUCAAGUUAUCUUUUAUUACAAUGUUCUAAAUGUAUUUUAUGACC